GUGGGCGCGCAUGUAGUAGGGCACGAGCAUGCCAGCAUUGGGCCCACGCCAAACAACCUGUGCCCUAGCACCGAAUUGUUGAGUACCGGUAUUCCAAAUGCAAAUAUUCUCAUCUCAUCGUGUAACAGAGAGCGGGAGUCACGGGAAAUACUGUACAUGCAUCUCUCCGGCUAAUUUACUGAGACGCGGGUGACGCAAGGAGGGACAUACAUAGUGGACGGCGUGAGGGUGCCUUAGCUAGAGGGUGACUGAAUGAAGCAGUUGUCGGCAAGGUACCGGGCAAACGGUUGAACUCCUUCACCCCAGCUGUAGAAAUGCGGAAUGAGCCGUGAUGCACCAGAUACUCGGUGUCAUACGGCGCAGGACGGCCAGGUUGCACGGUGGCGGGGGGGCGAAGGACACGGGCGGCCACUGCGAUAUCUUAGCCUACUAGCUAACGGCUCCCGAAAGGACAUCAACACAAAGUAGCCUGCUGCCGGAGAGAAGGCAGAAAAGACGAGUUACAAACUGUGAACGGAAAGACGAUCCGACAUUAGCUUGCCAAGAUGAGUGCAUUUCGGGGUGUGGGGGCCACUUGGCGGCCGCAGCCCUGGCAGGACGGGGAUGGGGGGGGCGGGGAGCCCCUCUCUGACAGCGACUCAGAGGAGGAAGACUUUCCGGAUGACAGCACCACCCCCCUGGGAAACUACAUCACACACGGGCUGAAGCAGCUCCUGGAUGCUCAGCAGCUGUGUGAUGUGACUCUCCUGGUGGAGGGGAAGAAGUUCAUGUGUCACAGAGUUCUCCUGGCGGCCGUCAGCCCGUAUUUCCGCGCCAUGUUCACCAGCCCCCUGGUGGAGUCGCGGCUCACCGAGAUCCGGCUGGAGGAGGUGACGCCGUCCGUCAUGGAGACGGUCAUCCAUUUUGUGUACACGGGGGAGGCGGGGCUCAGUCUGGACACAGCGGAGGACCUUUUCGUGGCGGCCAGUCGGCUUCAAGUGAUGCCCCUGCAGGACCUGUGCUCCAGGUUCCUGUUUGAGCACCUGUCGGUGGAGAACUGCUUGGGGAUGUAUUCUCUGGCGCGCUCCCACCACGACGAGCUGCUGCUCCGGGCCUCGCUGCGGCUGGUGGCGCAGCACUUCCCCCGCGUGGCGCGGCAGACCGACUUCCUGCUGCUGGACCCGGGCACGCUGGGCAGCCUGCUGGCGUCGGACCGCCUGGGCGUGGAGUCGGAGGCGGAGGUGUACGACGCGGCCCGCCGCUGGGCCGAGCACCAGCCCCGCCAGCGAUACCCCCACAUGCCCCAGCUCCUGCGCCACCUCCGCCCGGGCCUGCUGGCCCCCGAGGAGAGCCUGCGGCUGGCCCAGGAGCUGGGGCCCGGGCUGGGGGACGGCCCCGCGGGGCCCCUGCGGCCGCGGGAGGGCAUGUUCGAGAAGAAGAUCGUGUGCGUGGACCUGAAGCCGCGGGAGGACGAGGCGCUGCAGGAGAGCGACUUCGCGGUGGACUGCUUCGACCCGCGCACGGGGAAGUGGGAGAAGCUGGCGGCGCUGGGCUCGCUGCUCUGCCCCGGCUGCACGGCCGUGGGGGGGCGGCUGUUCGUGGCCGGGGGCAUCCUGCGGGGGGGGCAGGUGUCCUCCUCGGUGCACGAGUACGACACGGUGCGCGACCUCUGGCUGCCCCGGCCCUCCCUCGCCCUGCCCCGCGCCAUGCUGGGGCUGCUGGGCUGCGGGGACACCCUGUACGCCCUGGGGGGCUGCAACCAGGCCGCCCUGCUGGACUCCUGCGAGACCCUGGAGCUGUCCGGCCUGCGCUGGGGCCCCGGGCCCCGCCUGCCGCUGCCCCUGCGCUCCUUCGCCUGCGCCGCCCUGCGGGGCCGGCUCUACCUGCUGGGCGGGACCACGCUGGAGGAGAGCCGGGCGGUGGUGCACUCGGGCGUGCUGAUCUACCACACCCUGUCCCGCUCCUGGAGCCGCGUGGGGCUGGACUCGGGCGCCACCUGCCUGGCGGGCGGCGUGGCCGUGCGGGGCGGGGUCUGCGCCGUGGGCGGGUACCUGCGCGACGCCACCAAGUUCCUGGACGGGAACUACACCCAGCUGGAGCCGCUGGACGCCACGGGCCGCGUGCUGUUCUUCCGGGAGGGCCGGGGGUCCGGGGGCGAGCGGGGCGGGGCGGUGGGCUCGGACCGGGGCGGGGGCGGAGGCAGCGACCGGGCGCCCAGCCCCGUGGUGUUCCCCGGGUUACCGCGGCGCAUCGCGGGCGGGGGCGUGGCCCGCUGGAAGCGGCGGAUCUACGUGCUGGGCGGGGAGAACGGGGCCCGUUUCUAUGACAGCGUGUACUGCUGGAAGCCCGGCUGGCGCAGCUGGGUGCAGCGGCGGGAGAAGCUCCCGGGGGACACCGGCGGGGUCAGCCAGUUCGGCUGCACCACCCUCAAGUUCCCCAAAAAGCACAUCCUGUCCCGCCUCAGACUGGCGCAGGAAGGCCGCUCCCCUGACGAAUGACGACGGGCGGGCGGAAGACCAGGGCUGAGACUGCGUCUGAAUUCAUUCUGCCCUUAUGGGUUUUAUGGAGUUUUAUUAGCUGUGUGGAAGAUCGAUUCAAGUGGAAGCUGGUAUCUGAAUGUAACACGAGAGCAGUGUUCCAUAACUGCCACAGCCAACUGCCACAGCGGUUCCGCCCAAUCAGUCCAGAUCAGGGGUGUCCAGUCUUAAACUAAAAUGUGUGGGUGCUUGUUCUACCCCAGCACUAAGACACCUCGACUGAAGACCAUGAUUAGUUAAUAAGCUCAAUUAAGUGUGGUAGUGCUGAGCUAAAACAAAAGCCUACACGCAGAACGGCACUUUUCAGAUGAGUGAACACCCCUGAUCUAGAAUAAGCAGUUUAUGCAAAGUAUGUGUAAACCAAGAGGGCUAUUCUAGAUACAUUGAAAUGUAACUCCUUAAAAAAAGUUUUUUCAACAUUUUAAAUGGUUUUAGAACAUAAAGUAGUUUUUCCUUAUACAGUGCUUCAGAAAGAAUUCACCCUCCUUCAGCCUUUUCACAUUUUAUCCUCUUACACCUUAACAUUUUAUUCAGUUUUUAAUUCGGAUUUUCACUAGUGCAAUAUAUUUAACACAUUUGAUGGAUUUUUUUUCCAGCAGCGUUUAAAAGAGUACGUAGGUACUUAAUUAGAUUUUUCCAUCAUAGUGUUUCUUAAAUGGGAAAAGAAGAAUUGGUGUAAUUGUAGGGGAGUUAUUUAAAUUUGACUUUGCAACACAGAUCAAUGAGGGUGAGAACUUCCUGAAGGCACUGUGCACCCAAUCAGGCCACUGCACAUGGUACCAGGUAGCUUUCCAAGAAUUGCUCAUUUAAUAAUUCUAUAAUUAGGUUUUAAAACAUAAGAGAACAGGCACAAACUUCUGUUUGUUGCUUUUUUAACACGAAACUGUUUAAUAGAUAAUGGCAAGGCCAUUUCUUUUAGAAAUUCUAAUGUUGGAGAAAUGCUAACAAUGAUAAAUGACUGAAAUCAUUUUUUUUAAAUGUAUAAAUAUGAAAAGGUCCUGAUGAAAUAACUGUUCAUUGUUUAUCGACGAUUAAACCCAAAAUGGACUGUGAAUGUUCUGGAAUACUGCACUUGUGAUGGGCUGAGAUUUCCCUGUAUUUCUGGCACAGGAAUCCACUUUACUUGACACUACUCUGCCCUGUGCUCCUCACUGGACUCCUACGCUUCCCACAGUCUUGUUUUGGGGUUGUUUGUCUGCUGCUUCUGUGCCCCAAUCUUAGCCCUGCUGGAGAUCCUUAAUGCAAACUGAUAAAAAAAACAAAAACCAUGGCAACCAUCAGUUUUUGAGCCCUGGUUCUUAGCUUUAGCCGCCUGCCCCUACUGGGCAACCCCUGACCCUUGGUUCAAAUUGGUUCAAGAACCAAAUGUUUUAGCCAACUGUAUAGCCAAGUGGCUAAGGUGCUUGACUGGGACCUGGAAGGUUGGAGGUUCAAGCCUUGGUGUAAUUACAAUAAUAUGAGCAAGGCCCUUAACCCCAUCUACAGGGGCAAUUGGCCCCUGCUGAAUCUAAUCAACUAUAAGUCGAUUUGGAGAAAAGCGUCAGCUAAUUAAUUUUAAUGUAAUGUAACCCCCAAGGGCUCACUAGAUAAUUUUAAUUUUAUCUAAAAUGUGAAUCACAUAAUACCAAAGGAAUUAUGGUUCCCAAUCCUGAAGUGAUUUAGAAACCACUUUACAAACUUGCCACAGAAGCUUGAAUUGCGCAUAUUUGCAUUUUCCGUGUUCGUCUCAGCGGGUGCUGAGAUGAGGCGCUUUAGUAACGUUCACGGCUUUGUGAUUGAUUAAAAGCAGUGUACUACAAGAUGCCAUUGCUACAGCUCAUGAAUAGGUGCCAUAAUUGUGAAAUGUCGAGGAGUUGCCAUGUUGCGAACACGCGAAGGACCUAUACUCAAGGGUUCUUCCAUCCGCAGUAGUGACCCCGGGUUUAUUGUUGGCUGGCCGUGACGGAGACACACGUUUGCGGGCAGUAUUUGGGACAUGCACGUUUCGGAAUGUUGAUUGGCCUCUCACAUUGCCAGCUGCAGGUUCUUUGCUCUUUCUAACACAGUUUGAGUGUGAACCCCAAGUGCUGAUUGAUUGUGCAAAUAAACUGAAAAGUGAAAA